AUGGGAAGUAAAUGUUGCAGAGACGAUAAUAUACAAAUAAAAGAUGAAAUAUUAACGGCUCAGAAUCCAGAUGUUACUGCACCACCAAUUCCAGAGAACAAAAAAUCACUUUCCUAAUAGGGAAGCAAGUAAUCUCAAGUUGAAGAUUUACAGGCUCAAACAGAGAAUAAGUAGAAAGAAUAUGAUAUGGCGAUUGAUGAAUAAGAACUAAAAUAAGAAAAGGCUGUUGACUCAGUAAUUCAAGAACAAACUUCAAAGGUUCCAGAGAUAGUUUAAACUCAAAAUAUGACCAUUGAAUAGAGUAAUCAAUACUUUGUAGAUAUAGUAAAAAAUGAAGUACAGAGUUAAAAUUAAACCGAUAAUUGUGUCAAAUCAUAAGGAAGAGUAUUCAAAUUUGGCGUCGAGACUUUUGUUAAGGAAAAGGAAGGAUUAAUUGGCACUCACUAUAACUUUGGCAAGGUCUUAGGAUAGGGUGCCUUUGGUAAAGUUUGGAAGGCAACAAAUAAAACAACUGGUCUUGUCAGAGCCAUAAAAUAAAUUAAGAAGAGUUCCAUAAUCAAAGAAGAAGAAUCAAGAUUGUUUUCAGAGAUGAAUAUCUUGAAGAACUUAGAUCAUCCUCAUAUAGUCAAAUUAUUUGAACUGUUUCAAGAUGAAAAUAACUAUUAUUUGGUGACUGAGUAAUUUAUUGAAUUAUAUAGAUAUUUAUCAGGAGGAGAAUUAUUUGAUAGGAUAAAAAAGAUGUCGUCAUUCAGUGAGAGUAUUGCUGCAGAUUACAUUAGAUAAAUUCUAUUAGCAACAGCGCAUUGCCAUGAAUAACAAAUUGUUCAUAGAGAUUUAAAACCAGAAAACAUUAUAUUUAUAAGUGAAGAUCCCAAGUCUUAACUCAAAGUCAUUGAUUUUGGAACAUCCCGAAAGUUUGACAAUUAAAAAGCAAUGAGUAAAAGAUUAGGAACACCUUAUUAUAUUGCACCUGAGGUUUUGGGUCAUUCCUACACGGAGAAAUGUGACAUUUGGUCUUGCGGUGUCAUUUUAUACAUUCUAUUAUGUGGUUAUCCGCCGUUUGUCGGUAAAACAGAAAACCAAAUUUUAGAAAGAGUUAAAACUGGAAAGUUUACAUUUGAUCCCGAGGAUUGGGAUCCAAUUUCAAAGGAAGCUAAGGCAUUUAUUACUAAAUUAUUGAGAGUGGAUGCCAGUAAAAGAUUGUCUGCAAAAUAGGCUUUAGAAGAUCCUUGGCUAGUCAAAUAUGCUCCCUCAACUUAAGUAAAUAGAAAAGUUUUGGAUAACAUUCGUUAAUUUUAAGCAUAAACUGUAUUAAAAUAGGCAUUGAUGUCUUAUAUGAUUACAUAGAUGUCAACUUAAAAAGAAAUUUAAGAGUUGCAAAAAGAGUUUCAAAGAUUAGAUAUAAAUAAUGAUGGAUUCUUAUCUAAGGAUGAGUUUCUCAAAGGCUAUCUUUAGAUAUAAAAUGACCUUAAAUUGGCUUAAGAAGAAGUCGAAAAAAUCUUAGAAAUGAUUGAUAUAAAUAGAUCAGGUUUGAUUGAUUUUUCAGAGUUUUGUAUGGCAGCUAUGAAUUAAGAAAAAUUACUCUCAGUAUAGAGAGUUGAAUAGGCUUUUAAAAUAUUUGACUAAAAUGGAGAUGGAUUUAUUUCAAAAAAAGAACUAGAAGCUGUGAUGGGAGAUUUAGGUGAUGAUAUAUGGAAUUAAAUACUAACAGAUUGUGAUAAUAAUGGUGAUGGAUAGAUAUCUUAUGAAGAAUUUGUAAAAAUGCUAAAAAAUAAAAAACUUUGA